AUGCCCGGGGUUCGAGCACAGCUAAGAGAAGUGCUAAGGAAUGCAUUCAUGAAGGAAGGAUUUGUGGUUGGGGACGGAUUGAAGUAUGGAGUGGAUUUACUAUUGUACACGGAUAGUCCCUCUAAGGUACACUCUCGUUAUGGUGUACUGAUUGAUGAUGGAUAUUGUAUGCAAGAUAUUAUAGGUAUUCAAAGGACCUGCGCAUCAGCAAACAAGGAGAUGGCUUUAGUUUUCUUUAGUGAGGAUGGAUUUGAAAUGGUGCUUGUGGAGAGGAUGCAGCUAAAGAAUGUAGAAGAAAUAAAAUAA